AUGUUCCUAGUCGAUAAGGCAAAUCUGGAUCCAGUGGUUCGAUACACGGCGCUAAGCUACUGCUGGGGCCCCGAGUCCGCGAAGGAAAGCUUUAGGCUUUCUCGGCGGAGUUUCGAUACCCUACAAUCUGGAUACCCCCUGCAGAACUUGCCAAAGACUUUCCAGCACGCAUUCAUGAUCAUAGAAGAGCUUGGAAUUGAGUAUCUCUGGAUUGAUCGCUUUUGCAUCAUCCAAGACUCGGCUGAAGAUUGGCGCCAGGAAGCAUCCCAGAUGGGUGAAGUCUAUUCCAAUGCAUUCUUCACCGUCUGCGCACAUGGCGCAGCAGACGACUCACAAGGAUGCUUCUUCCCCCGGAUCCCGUCCGACGUCGCUCCCACCGAAUUGACCUUGGCCUUGCGCCACCCCUCGGACAAAUCGUCGUACAUACUGGGCGAAAACUACCUCACAUGGAUCUACCGCUUCGACGCGCGCGUGCUGCGCCGCGCCUGGGUACUGCAAGAGCAACUCCUUUCCCGCAGGAUCCUCUAUUUCGGCCGCGAGCAAAUCUUCUGGGAAUGCCGAUCCACAACGCGCUGCGAGACGUACCCCAACGGCAUACCGAUCAUCAACGCGCUCGCCAUCAUGACCCGCAUGCUCGACCGCGACAAGAUUCUGUGGAAAACUCCGCUCGACGUCGCCAGCGAGAACAACAUCAGGGUUCGACUGCACCUCGACACGCUCGGCUCGUGCCUCCUCGAAUGGGAGCAGACGGUCCAGGAGUACAACCGGCGCCACCUGACUCAUGUGAGCGACAGACUGGUUGCAAUAGCCGGACUGGCCAGCCAGAUGAAGGAGAAGUUGCGGGGCCUUGGGGCGGACGAUGCGUACCACGCGGGCAUCUGGGGUUUCUCGCUGCCGCGAGGUCUCUUGUGGCAGGUUCACGGGACCAGAUGCCGAGGAAUGCGUUUCUGGCGUUCGGGCAAGUACGACUACGAGGAAUGA